CUUGUAACAACGUCAUGCCUGAGUCACAACUCAGAGGAAGCGGGAACUCUUCGCCUCGUUUUGACUCGUCUCCUCGCUGAAGUUCCUGCUGGUGUUGGGGAAAAAACAAGCAAAAACUAGUGAACACGAUCCAAAACUGCAGAUAUGGCGUGUGAGAAAGAAAUAUGGCAAAAGAUUGGAGAGGGUUUUGUCCAGGAAUAUUACAACCAGUUUGAUAAUACCAACAGGAUGGGACUGGGUAAUCUUUAUUCUCCUGAUGCCUGUCUGACAUGGGAAGGAUCACCUUUUCAGGGGAGAGAAGCUAUAACUGGCAAACUAGCAAACCUGCCUUUCAAGCGUAUUAAACACAUCAUCACAGAGCAGGACUUCCAGCCGACAGUAGACAGCUGUAUCCUCAUCAUGGUGUUUGGACAGUUACAGGUAGAUGAUGAUCCACCGAUGGCCUUCCAUCAAGUGUUUAUGCUGAAAUCCCUCAACUGCGCGUGGGCGUGCACGAAUGAUGUGUUUCGACUAGGGAUACACAACAUACCAGUGUAGUGAUUUGGAUUUGUCGCUUAUAUCCAUAUCUGUAUUCAUACUGUGGACAUGCUGCCAUUUCUGGGAGGACUUCCCACAUUUGUUCAGUGUUUACAGUACAUGUAUUAAAUAGUAUUUCUACU